GAGCGAACUACGCACGGAAGAAGAAAACUAUCAGCCCCAAACACCAACAUGGCGCCCGCUUCGACCGACAACUUCACAUGAAAGUGUCGCGUUGCACAUUGGCUUUAUCUGUUUUGCGCUAAAAGAAGGUCGGGGGUGUCUUAGAGCAGCCCCCCGUCGGGCGAUACCAACAAGGGGAUACAAGUGAAGGUGGAACAGCAACAAAGUGUCUUCUUCAUGUCAGCGCUCUGAACAGCUGGUCAACCCAGCCAUGAUCGAGGACAAAGGCCACCGUGUGACGGACUACUUCGUGGUGGCCGGCCUCACGGAUAAGUCCACGCCCCUGGAGCAGGACCUGUCGGAGACCAAGUCCAGCGGGCCCAAGGCGCCCAUCGUGGACCUGGCGGUCAUCAACCGCUCGGCAGGAGAGGCGGUGCCGGAGGGCUUCACCUGCAUCGACAUCACCCCCGGGGGGCUGCAGGCCAACCUCAACCACGGCAGCCUCAAGAGCCCCGAGCUGUUCCUCUGCUACAAGAGGUGCCGCGUCAAGCCCCCCCUCAUCGACAUUGGGGUGCUGUACGAGGGCAAGGAGCGCCUCAUCCAGGGGUGCGAGGUGCUGCAGGCCACGCCCUACGGCCGCUGCGCCAACGUCAACAACAGCUCCACCACCUCCCAGCGCAUCUUCAUCAACUACCGCCGGGGGCCCGCCGUGCAGCCGCAGAACUCGCUGGCCGUCACCGACAUCUGCGUCAUCGUCACCAGCAAGGGCGAGACGCCGCCACACACCUUCUGCAAGGUGGAGAAGAACCUCAACUGCGGCAUGUGGGGCUCCAACGUGUUCUUGUGUUACAAGAAGUCUGUGUCCUCGUCCAACUCCAUCACGUACAAAGCCGGUCUCAUCUUCCGCUACCCGGAGGAUGACUACGAGUCCUUCCCGCUGUCCGAGUCCGUGCCCCUCUUCUGUCUGCCCAUGGGGGCCAAGAUCGAGUGCUGGGCCCCCAGCACCAAGGACCCCCUGCCUGUGUUCUCCACCUUCGUCCUGACCAUCUCCACGGGGGAGAAGGUGUACGGCGCGGCCAUCCAGUUCUACGAGCCCUACUCCGAGGAGCUGCUGAGCGAGAAGCAGAAGAUCCAGCUGGGUCUGCUCACCACGGUGGAGAGGAGGCCGGUGCCGGGCCGCCACGUCACGGCCAACAAGUGCAUCUGCCUGCUCUCCCGCUGGCCCUUCUUCGACUCCUUCCGCAAGUUCCUGGUGUUCCUGCACCAGCUGUCCUUCUCGGGCCCGCAGCCGCUGCCCAUCGAGAAGCACAUCUCACACUUCAUGCACAACGUAUCGUUCCCUUCCCCACAGAGGCCAAGAAUCCUUGUUCAGCUCUCGGCGUUUGACACCCUGAUGCUCUCCCAGCCAGUCUGCACCCCCUUACCUCUCAGCGGGGCGGACUACGGCACCCUGGUGACCAACCUGGGCCCGGAGAACUGCGGCACGCUGCUGCACCUGGUGCUGAUGGAGAGCAAGAUCCUGCUGCACUCGCUGAGGCCCGACGUGCUGACCGGGGUGGCCGAGGCCGUGGUGGCCAUGAUCUUCCCCUUCCAGUGGCAGUGCCCCUACGUCCCCCUGUGCCCGCUCUCGCUGGCCGACGUCCUCAACGCGCCCUGCCCCUUCAUCGUGGGGGUGGACUCCCGCUACUUCGACCUCUACGACCCCCCGCCCGACGUGGUCUGUGUGGACCUGGACACCCAGACCAUCUACCAGUCUGACGAGAAGAGACACAGCAGCUGGAAGAACCUUCCCAAGAAGCCGUGCAAGAGCCUGGUCAAUUCCCUGAGCACUCUGGCCGCCGCGCGGAGAGCAGAGGCCCCCCCAGUGGAGGCCAGCCCCGUGGAGGUGGACUUCACCCUGCACAAGAAGACCACGCUGCGGGAGAUGGAGAUCCAGGAGGUGUUCCUGCGCUUCAUGGCCACCAUCCUGAAGGGCUACCGCAGCUACCUGAAGCCCAUCACCCAGGCGCCGUCUGAGAAGGCUACCUCCGCCGACUCCCUCUACGACCUGCAAGGGUUCCUGAAGAGCCGCGACCGCACCCACCAGAAGUUCUACGGCCAGCUGACCAAGACGCAGAUCUUCAUCCGCUUCAUCGAGGAGUGCACCUUCGUCAGCGACAAGGAUACCGGCCUCGCCUUCUUCGACGACUGCAUCGAGAAGCUUUUUCCUCCCGAUAAAGGCGGCGACUCCAAGGCCAACAAGGUGGAGGGGGAGUCCUCGGAGGACACCAAGCUGAUGGAGCUGGACGAGUCCCAGAGGAGCGAGCACACCGUCUUCGUCAUGCCCCCAGAGCCCCCCUGUGAGGGCGGGGCCGAGCCCCCCCCCCGCUACAGUUACAAGCGGUUCCCCCGGCUCCGCAUGGAGCUGUUCGACCGGCCCAAGGAGCUGCGGCCGGCCCUGGACAUGAGGACGGCGGGCUCCAGUCUGUCCAGCAGCCCCGCCCUGCUGGCCAAGAGGACCAAGCAGGAAGUGAAGCUGGCGUACAAGGUGGCGAAGCGCUCCAACUCGGACCCGGCGCAGUGGGCGCGCUGCCUGUUCAGCCACAGCUACAGCCUGUGGUUCAUCUGCCUGCCCCCCCGCCUGCGCGUGGCGCGCUCCAAGGCCCGCGCCAUGCACCAGGCCUACGACGUGCUGCUGCGCAUGAGGAUGGCCGAGGUGGAGAUGCUGGACGAGGUGUGCUACCGCGUGGUGAUGCAGCUGUGCGGACUGUGGGAGCAGCCUGUGAUGGCGGUGCGCGUUCUGGUGGAGAUGAAGAAGGCGGGCGUGCACCCCAACGCCAUCACCUACGGGUACUACAACAAGGCGGUCCUGGAGAGCCCGUGGCCCAGCCGCAACCGCAGUGGCCUCUUCAUGUGGACCAAGGUGCGCAACGUCCUGCGAGGAGUGGCCCAGUUCAAGCAGCUCAACGACCGGACCCUGACCACCAAGAACCCCACCAUCACCACCACAGCCGCGUCCCCGCCCGCAUCAGGGGGGGUCCGGGCCGCCGACCGCCUGAGCCAGCUCAGCGCUGACUGCUCCGGCGAGCCCAACGGCGAGCAGAGCCUGCUGUUUGGCGUGGGAGACCCUGCGGACUCAUGUUACACUACCGGAGGGCAGCAGUCAGACCAGGGCUAUGGCUCAAAGGACGAGCUCCACCAGGACCCCGUCCAGGCCUCCGGCGCAGGCCUGCAUCUCGCCAACAGUCCUGCGGUCUCACUGGACGGCGUCGCGGCGGCGCCGGCUGACUCCUCCGGGCCUGUGGGGGCACCACCCCCGCCGGUGCCCAGCAUCGUGAGGCCGUCCUCCUCGUCGGCAGCCCUCGCCGCCGGCAGGGACACGGGCGCUGGAGCGGCGCCCUCUAGUGGCGGUGGCGGCGGUGACGUCGAUCCGUCCCCCGCUGACCCCGCCUCCGCGCCGGCGCCGGCCCAGCCCCGCCCCCAGCGGCCGCGGCAGAAGAGCUUCGCCGAGCGCAGCCGCAGCUUCAGCUCGGAGAGCCGCGCGGGCAUGCUGUCGGACGGCGGCGUGGACGCCAUGGCGAGCCGCAUGGGCGCCGACGCCCGAAUACUGGCCGCCGCCCUGUCCACGGCCGCCACGCUGGGAGGGGGAGGAGCCGGAGGGGGGGGCGUGUCCAAGGCCCUCUUCAAAGACCUGGACGAGGAGCCCGAGGACGACCUGGGCUCGUCGUCGGUCGACCUGGGCUCGUCGUCGGUCGACCUGGGCUCCCCAUUGGUCGAUCUGUCAGAGGAGGCGGGGCCUCAAGAAGACGCGUUCCGAGGGGAGGAGGAGGCGAAGGAGGGGACGGGAUUGGUGGAAGGGCUGACGGAGGGGGAGGAGGAGGAGGAGGAGGAGGAGAUGGAGGAGGAGGUGGUGAAGGACGGCGAUCUCGCCGACGAGGCGGCGGCGGCAGGGCGGCCGCUGGAGCGCGAGGACGUGGUGGUGGGCGCCGACCCGCUGUCCCGCAUGGCGUCGGAGACGGAGGAGCUGGCCUCCAUCUCCAGCCAGGACCUGCCCAGCCCCGCCUCCAGCCUGCCCGCCGUGGUGUCGCGCAACCUGGCCGAGGAGAUCGAGAUGUACAUGAGCCUGCGCAGCCCGCUGGGGCCCAAGUCCUCCAGCAUGGAGCUCCGCUUCGACCCCGCCCCCCCGCCGGAGCCCUCCCCCCUGGAGCGGCGGGCCAGCCUCCCCGUGCCUCCCGCCCAGACCCCCUCGCCCCCCUCCACCACGGCGUCGCAGGAGGCCACGCCCAAGCGCAGCCCCCACGCCGUCACGCGCUCCAAGACCUUCACGGCCCGCGGCCGCACGCCCGUCUCCGGGGGCGCGGCGAGCCUCGCGCCGCGGCCCAACGCGCUCACGGCGCUGGUGAGGGCGUCGCCCGCCGCCAACACCCUGGGCUCGGUCAUCAACUCGUUCUCGGGCAUGAAGAUGGACGCGCUGCUGUCGGGGCCCAAGAUGGACGUGCUGAAGUCCGGCAUGAAGCAGGCGACCAGCGUGGCCAGCAAGGUGUGGGGCGCCGUGGUGUCGGCCUACGCCUACUCCGACGACGAGGAGGAGGCGGGGCCGAGCGCGUCGGGCGGUGGGGGCUUCCCCCCCCACCUGAACGACGCCCUGCUGACGGAGCGGGGGGAGGCGGAGGGCGGGGCCGAGCGGGGGGGGGCCCUGGGCCUGGUGGCCAACGGGCUGCACCACAGCCGCAGCAGCCUGGGGAGCAGCAGCGGCAGCAGCGACACGGGCCGGGGGGGGCCCCACACACAUGCCACCCCAGGCCGAGGGGUCCGGGGGUCUGACUCGGAGCACGGCUCCUCCCACCACGCCUCCACCUCCAGCAUCUAUCAGAACUGUGCACUAGAGGUGCUGAUGUCCAGCUGCUCGGUGUGCCGGUCGUGUGCGGCGCUGGUGUACGACGAGGACGUGAUGGCGGGCUUCACGGCCGACGACUCCAACCUCAACACCACCUGCCCGUACUGCCGCGCCGUCUUCGUGCCCCUGCUGCACGUGGAGUUCAGAGACCUGCGCACCAACAGGUUCUUCAUGAAGCCCAGCGGUUCGGGGGACAGCAUCCACAGCGCCACGGCCCCUCCCACCUCCGCCACCACCUCCACCACCAUCAGCAGCAGCAGCGGGGGGGGCAGCAGCCUCAGCUCCUCCACCACCAAGUCCCCCGACCUGAUGGGCUUCCCCCCCGCCGCGUCCGAGGGCUCCGGCGCCGACAGCCCCGGCACGCCGUCCGCCUCGCACAAAAGCCUGGUCCGGGAGCCGGUGCAGUCGGACCCCCUGGGCCUGCUGGAGCCCGCGGCGGAGGGGAAGCACUCCUCCGGGACCUUCCUGACCCGCAGCAACAGCGUGGGCGGGCCCCUGCAGAGCCUGGACUGCAGCCUGGCCCCCGGCCACGGCGUCUCCACCGCCAGCCUGCCCUGCAGCCUGCAGGAGGCCACGUUUGGCGUGGGCACGAAACGUCCGAACCCCAAACCAGUGUCCGUGCCGUACCUCAGUGCCCUGGUGCUCAGGAAAGAGCUGGAAACCAUGCUGGAGAACGAGGGGGACCAGGUGCUGUACACCCACAAGUUCCUGAGCCAGCACCCCAUCAUCUUCUGGAACCUGGUGUGCUGCUUCCAGCGGCUAGACGUGCCCAGCCACCUGCCGGGCCUCAUCUUCACCUCUGAGUACUGCAACAACGGGGAGCAGCCUCUGUCUCCCCCAGCUGCCCUGACCUCCCUGUCCCAGGACAGCAAGCAGGUGUACAUCCAGAUCCUGUGGGACAACAACCUGCACCAGGAGCCCGGAGAGCCGCUCUACGUGCUCUGGAGGACCUUAGAAGCAGAGAAGCGGCGGCCGCUGGCUCCCCCCGACCAGCAGGAGGCGCUGACGCUGCUGCACACCAUCGCCCGCAGCAUCCAGACCAACGACGUGUACGGCCCCAUGGACCUGCUGAUCAGGGAGCUGAAGAGACGGCCCCGCCCCAACCGCCAAAGGAGCAUCUACAGAGAGAUCCUGUUCCUCUCGCUCGUGGCUCUGGGCCGGGAAAACAUCGACGUUGAGGCGUUUGACAAGGAGUACCGGCAGGCCUACGACAACCUGAGCCCGGAGAAGCUGAAGACGCUGCGUGCGUUCGACCAGCCGCCCGGCGCCAAGGCCCAGUGGUGCCUGAAGUGCUUUGGCAGCCCCAUCAUCUGAGCUUUUGGCUCCCCCUGCUGGUGGUGGAGUGGAACUGCAGCCCCAUCAUCUGAGCGUUAGCUCCUCCUAGUGGCGGUGGAGUGGACCUGCAGCCCAUGCUUCGGUCAAAACACGGCACACGUCUAGGAAAUGAAUAGAAUAGGGGACAAGGAAAUAAGUGGAGAGACGAUUGUUUAAAGCUUAAAAUAUUCUCUACAAAUUGUCCAUGAAUGGUACUUAUGGCGACAAAAAUAGAAAAAAAAAGUUUUGACUGCUUUCUUAGGAAUUAUUUUGCCUUUCUGAUGUUUUAAGGGGCUAAUUAGGCCUAUAGUUAUAUGGAUGCGUGUGACUUUGAGCGUGAUUAUGAAUUGCUGGUGAAACGAGAGCGAUGACGUUUGGCAAUGAGUGUGUGACGUCGUUCCAGCGACGUCUGCUUUCACCGCUGAACUGUGUCUGUGUCCCUCUCCUGUCUGUGCACUUUCUGUAAACGGUAACACACGUCCGUCUAUAUCUCUGUACAUAUACCUGUACCAUAGGAAACACGUCAUAACAAGGUUGGCCUUAAGGUGCGAGUCUCGAAGACGCUUGGGUUUUUUCGGACUCUUUUUCUCUGCCCAACCAAGUCUUAACUACGAUGAAUGUCAAAAGUUUCGCCUAAACGCGUGGAACCUGUAUAAAUAUGUGUAUGCUGCUCAUCUGCAACGCGCGGAGACAACGGGGGACGCCUACAGACAAUCUAGUUUUGUUUCCAAAACAUUCCACAAGCCCCUCUACUUAAUACACGCCCCUUCUGUUUGUUGUUGUUCUCUAAUGAAACCACUUGGGGGCGCUAUAGGACCGCUGACUGGUCGGGAGGGACGGCACUACUGAUAAAAGCAGGGUUUUUUGUUAGCGAUCUCUGUAUUCCAGGUCUUAUGGGAGCUUGAGAUGAGUUCUACUUCAGGGAAAGAAAACGACGGCACACGCAAUACUGCAAAAGAAGACUAAAACAAAUUUAGAAACGUCUGUUCUGUGAUGUUAUCCAGCUUCCAUCGGCCGGUGUUGACCUGUUGAACCGCUUACUGGUGAUGAGACUAGGGGACUUCCCAAGAAUACUAUAAAUUAUUCUUAACAUAGUUUUAUCUGCCACAUUGGAGUUGGCUUUUAACGACGACACAUUGUAUAUGGUUUUCCAUCUAUUGUUUUCAAUGUUUUCUUGUGUAAUAUAAAUUCAAUGGUGAAUAUUCAAGCUGGGUGGCACUCGAUGUUAAAAUGUUGUCUUAAUACCUGCUGGUCCUGAGAGCGUCCAUCGUCUGAUCGGGAGGACCUGAAUACCUGAACUGUCUUGUAUAAAUACUUAAAUGAAAAAGGAAGAAAAAAAACAAUGUUGAAUUUGCACUGCUUAAAUGAAUAGCUGGCCUUCACCCUGACUUGUUUGGGUGAUCUGACUUCUGGCAAAACAGACGUGUCUAUCUGCUCCAAAAGUAAAAAUUUAAAAAGGAUUUGACGGCUAUUUUUUAUUUGUUGUAAGUGUUGCGGCCCUCAUUGGGUUUCAGUUACACACGGAGCACACACUUACCCAUACUCCAUGUGUCAUUGUGAAUAUACCGUCUCCUCUCUGAGGCGCUGAGAUGUAUUGUAUGGUUGUACAUAAAGGACUUGUGGUUACCGUGUUCCGUCCCGGAAUGAGUUCAUGUCUUCUCACAGUUGUUGCGCUGCAAUAAAUAGGGUGGUCCUGAUUUACAA